UAAAUAUUUUAUUUACAAAAACAUUAGCGUCGCAGUAAAUCAGUAAAAAACAUGGGGAAAAGGAAACAUAAGGAAAUUUCGACUAAUUCUGACAGAGUCAGUUCCAAAAAAGAUGAUAAUGAAGUUGUAUUAGAACCAGUAGUUAAUUCUGACGAGCCUCCCAUUAAACAGACAAAAUGGACAAAUAAACAACGUGUACUGAUCUUCUCAUCCCGCGGUAUCUCACACAGAGCAAGGCAUCUAAUGAUUGAUCUGAGAACAAUGAUGCCACACUCCAAAUCAGAAUCAAAAAUGGACAGAAAAGACAAAUUGUUUGUUAUAAAUGAGGUGUGUGAGAUGAAGAACUGCAAUAAAUGUAUUUUCUUUGAGGCGAAGAAGAAAAUGGACUUAUAUAUGUGGGCCUCAAAUUGUCCUAGAGGGCCAUCAGUGAAGUUUCUUGUUGAAAAUGUUCAUACCAUGUCAGAGUUGAAGAUGACCGGAAAUUGUCUGAAGGGAUCUCGACCUUUGUUGUCUUUUGAUAAGGCAUUUGACGAGGAGCCCCAUUGGUCAUUGAUGAAAGAAUUGUUUACCCAGAUUUUUGGCACACCAAACCACCACCCUAAAAGUCAGCCUUUCUUUGAUCAUGUGUUCACAUUCUCCAUAUCAGACAACAGAAUCUGGUUCCGAAAUUAUCAAAUACUUGAGGAAGAUGGGUCUUUAGCAGAGAUAGGACCAAGAUUUGUCCUGAACCCAAUUAGAAUAUUUGAAGGAAGUUUUGGAGGAGCAACUUUGUAUCAGAACCCAAAAUAUGUGUCUCCAAAUUUGCAUCGGCGACUGUUGCGCAGACAGGUGGCACAGAAAUAUGUAAAUAGAGUGCAGUCGAAGAAGUCACUGGAGGAGAGGAAACCAGAAUUUACCUACACAUCUGAUGUAACAGAUGACGUUUUUGUGACUAUACAGCCUGAAGAUUCCAAACAAAAUGGGUGAUGAUACUAAGAAAUUUUGAACCAUUUUACUUUAAAAUGCAAUGUUAUGAAAUAAAGCUUAGAAGAUUA